UCCUACACGGACCCAUUUCACUGAAACUACCCAGGUGUCAUCAUACGAAGCUAGCUGUUGGCUCUUUUUACGUAAACUGUGAAAUAAUUUAACGAGAAAUUUUACUUCUGCUUCCAACGCUUAUCUGUGUUGGUGUUUGCUAUUCAGAAGACGUGUCCAGCUGCUCGGUAGCUGUCUUUAUAGCAGCAGUAUCGUUUGCUGCUCGGUGCUAGUCGUUAGCUAAGUGCUAAUAACAGUGACAGCAGCUAACUUUACAUGCGUCUGCCGCUGUGGAUCUACAGGAAUCACUGACAGCCGUUUUCAGCAGACAUCAUGGAGCUCCAGGCGGUUUUGAUGGCGGCUGGUGGGGGGUCUCGUAUGACUGAUCUGACAUACAACACCCCCAAACCAAUGCUCCCUGUGGGCAACAAGCCCCUCAUGUGGUACCCGCUGAACCUGCUGGAGAGGGUGGGCUUUGAAGAGGUGAUCGUCAUCACCACCAAAGAGGUUCAGAAGAUGAUGAGCACAGACCCUAAAAUGAAGCCUGACGUGAAGAUGAAACUGGAUGUGGUUUGCAUCCAGGAAGAUGGAGACAUGGGCACGGCAGACGCUCUCAGACACAUCCAGCAGAAGAUCAAGACGGACGUCCUGGUGGUGAGCUGUGACCUGAUAACGGACGUGGCGCUUCACGAGGUAGUUGAUCUUUUCAGAGCCCACAAUGCAACACUGGCCAUGCUGAUGAGCAAAGCCCAUGAGUUCACAGAGACCGUCCCAGGCCAGAAGGGCAAGAAAAAGACAGCUGAACAGAGAGACUUUGUGGGAGUGGAUGAUUCAGGGAAGAGGCUGCUGUUCAUGGCCAAUGAGGCAGAUCUGGAGGACGGACUCUCCAUCAGGAAGUCUAUCAUGAGGAAACAUCCCAGGAUGCACAUCAAAACUGGCCUCGUGGACGCUCACCUCUACUGCCUGAAAAAAGCCGUGGUGGACUUUCUCGCUGACAACAAGUCCAUCUCUUCAAUCCGUGGAGAGCUGGUACCUUAUUUAGUGCGGAAGCAGUUUUCCAAAACAAUAAACUGUCAACAUAACAAAGAUGACUCAGAGGAUCAGAGUCUGAAAACAAAUGACGGCUCUACAAACCAUGAGCUCCUCAUCUCCUCCCGAGACGAGCCUCUCCUGGAGCUGGCCCAGGAGCGCUCCUGUUGGAACGACCACCGCGGCGACAUGAGCGAUGCUUACCACGGAGGAAAGCUCCGCUGCUACGUUCACAUUAUAGACGAGGGACUCUGUUACCGCGUCAACACUUUAGCUGCUUACAUAGAGGCAAACCGAUUGGCCCCCAAGCUGUUUGAGGAGCCAGCCGUCCACUCCACCGCUGUCCUUUCGGAGAGAUGUCAGAUGGGAUCCGAGACCAUCAUCGGAGCAAUGUGCCAGGUAGCAGACAAGACUUCCAUAAAGAGGUCGACCAUCGGAAACUCCACCACUGUCAAAGAAAAGGUCAAAGUCACCAACUCUAUCAUCAUGCACGGGGUUACCAUCGAGGAGGGGUGUAAUAUCCAGGGCAGUGUGAUCUGCAGUAAUGCUGUCAUCGGCCGAGGAGCAGACCUCAAAUACUGUCUGGUGGGGAAUGGACAGCGGAUCGAACCAGAGGCUGAGAGGACUAACGAGGUGAUUGUUGGAACGGACCAGCUGAUGGAGAUCUAGCUCCCACGGAGAUAGAGUGGCAUCACCUCAAUAACCAAUCAGAGUGCAGCAAAACACUGGACAACUAAUUCAUCAGCUCACUGACCAAUCAAAAGCCUUGGUGCUGUUUCACAAUACUACACUCUUCUCAUCGGCUCUUUUGUACAUUGUGUCCAAAUAAAGACAAGUGAUUUAAACCAUGA